AUGACGUCAGCGAUGCCUCUGCCGCGCGGUGACGUCACCGCCCUGCUCCUGGGGCCCCCGGGCGCCGGGAAGUCCGCGCUGGUGGCCGCGCUCUGCAACAAGGACGUGGACGUGGUAGAGAUCCCCGACGGGCGGCCGGACCCCGGGCUCCCCAGCCUGCGAGCUGCGGGUCCGGGCCUCUUCCUGGGGGAGCUGAGUUGCCCGCCCGCCGCGCCGGGGCCCUGGGCAGCGGAGGCCAACGUGUUGGUCCUGGUGCUGCCCAGCCCCGAGGACACCGACGAGCCCUUGGCCCCGGCGCUGGGGGAGGCGGCGCGGGCCGCGCUGGCCCGAGGAACCCCGCUGCUGGCUGUGCGGAACCUCCAUCCCGGGAACCCCCAGGAUGAAGCCCAGGCCCGUGAUCAAACAGCGGCCCUCCUGGCCAGCGCUGGGCUGGGCGCCGUGCCGCUCUACGUGCUGCAGGCGGACUGCGAAGGCGGCUGCGAGGAACUGGAGCGCCUGCGGGCAACACUGCGGAGCCAGGCGGAGGCACUGCAGAGGCUCCUGCCGCCGGCUCAGGACGGCUUCGAGGUGCUGGGAGCCGCCGAGCUGGAGGCUGUGCGCGAGGCCUUCGAGAAGGGUGGCCUGGAGGCGGCGCUCUCCUGGGUCCGGGCUGGCCUGGAGCGGCUGGGCAGCGCCCGGCUGGACCUGGCCAUAGCCGGCGCCGCUGACACGGGCUUCGUGCUGGACAUGCUGCUCGGGCUGGACACGGGGGACCCGGGUGCCGUGCCUGCUUCGGCGCCCACCGGGCCCACACCCUACCCUGCCCCGGAGCGCCCCAACGUGGUGCUCUGGACCAUCCCUCUGGGCUCCGAGACUACUGCUGCCGCCCCCCACCCAGCCCACUACGACGCCCUCAUCCUGGUCACCGCCGGAGCCCCCACCGAGGAGGACUGGGCCCAGGUCCGGCCCUUGGUGCUGCCGGACGCCCCGCUGGUCUGUGUACGAAUAGACGGCGAGGGCGAGGAUCCGGAGUCUCUGGAGGAAGAGGAGAAGGCCGAGAAGCCCAGCAGGGAGGAGAGUUUAGAGAAGGAGGCACGCAGCGAGGGAAGGGGCCAACGUGGCCCUGGAUCGCAGAAAGCAGGCGAGGGGGAAGGUUCGGGGAAAGCAGGCGGUGAGAGUUUGCAGCAGGUCGGCGGCACCGCGAAGCAGUCGGGCAGUGGGGACUCUGAGCCCACGACUGCCUGGAGCCCUGAGCUCCAGGACGACACGUGGGAGGUGCUGGAGGAGGCGCUGCCGCCCGUGUUCCCGCUGCGGAGGGGCGGGCUGCCCGGGCUCUGCGAGUGGCUGCAGCGCGCACUCCCCGCGGCCCAGGCGGGCGCGCUGCUGCUGGCGCUGCCCCCCGCGUCCCCGCGCGCGGCCCGAACCAAGGCGGCGGCGCUGCGGGCCGGGGCCUGGCGGCCGGCGCUGCUGGCCAGCCUGGCGGCGGCGGCGGCACCAGUGCCCGGGCUCGGCUGGGCCUGUGACGUGGCGCUUCUGCGCGGUCAGCUGGCAGAGUGGCGGCGGGCGCUGGGGCUCGAACCCGCAGCGCUGGCUCGGCGCGAGCGCACGCUGGGCUUGGCUCCUGGGGAGCUGGCCAAGCGGACGCGCUUCCCUGGCCCCGUGACGCGCGCCGAAGUGGAGGCGAGGCUGGGCGCGUGGGCCGGCGAGGGCACCGCAGGCGGCGCGGCGCUGGGGGCGCUCUCCUUCCUGUGGCCGGCAGGGGGCGCGGCGGCCACGGGCGGCCUGGGCUACCGCGCCGCCCACGGCGUCCUGCUGCAGGCGCUGGACGAGAUGCUGGCUGAUGCGGAGGCGGUGCUGGCACCCCAUGCGCCUGCUCAGUGA